AAAUAUUAUGAACUUCUCCCUUAUUACUCUUCACAAAGGAGGGGAAGUAAUCCAAAUUCUAAAUGACCCACUUCCUGAUGAUGCACUUUGGACAGUCGUAAAGACACCUACACAUUAUGUCGGACAUUGAUAAGGGCUUGACACUUCGUAGUCGGAUCAGAGAAGAUUAUCUGACAUGUUCAAUAUGUUUUAACGAGUUCACACAUCCAAAAGCUCUCCCGUGCAUCCAUACAUUUUGUCUAGAAUGUCUACAAGACUAUGUAACCAGCAACUAUUCCACCACUGGUUCAUUUCCUUGCCCAGUUUGUCGAGCUGAUGUGACUGUUCCACCUCAAGGAUUACAAGGUUUACCUGAUAAUUACAUGGUAUCUAGCCUUCUUGAUACCGUGGAAGAUGCAAAUAAUAAAUCUGAAGUGCCUGAAAGACCAAGUGAUGAGGCUGUUAACCAAGCUGCUGAAAAUAGAUUAAAACCAGUGCCAGCUCCUAGAUCAAUUUCACCACGAUCAAAUGGUGACAGACCAAUACCAGCGCCUCGGUCUGUAUCACCGAGACCUUCAAGUGGCACCAUUGCUCCACCAGUUCCCCCUAGACCGAAAAGUGUGAGCCCAACUCCGGCCAAUGCCAGUAAUUUACAAGACACUUCAAGAGAUAUACAGCAGCAACAUCAGUGUGGGGACCCUUCAUCAGGAUAUAAUUUUAGUCAUCUUAUUUCAGGCGGCAUUGGUGGUGUUGUGGGUGCAGUAGGUUCUGCUAUAUCAGAUAUCUCCGGCUAUCUUCAACUUCCUAAAGCAAAACCGGCUUCUGAUGCUCCUGAAUCACCUUUUGAAUUUGUCCCUAUUUCAGAACCUGGUGAUCAAAAACCUCCACAGCCUCAAUAUACAGGUGCAGGUCUCUACCCACAGCUUUCAGCAAAUGAGGGUAAAGGUCCGUGUUCAGAUAAAAUGGCGUUAUCUUUCGGAAAAUUUGGGCCUGGUGUGAACGACUUCAUGAAGCCAUUUGGGUUGGCUGUUAGCACAAAAGGUGAAUUCAUUAUCUCAGAUAGGGCAGGAAACCGUAUUUUUGUGUUUUCUAACACUGGACAGUUAAAAUCAAGGUUCAAUACUAAUUGUACAGUGAAUGAUGUGACAGUUACAAAGGAAAACAAUAUAAUGAUAGCCGUUGCAAAAUCAGGCUCUGCAAUAAUGCGGAUGUAUUCUAUGGAAGGUAGAUGUCUGCAAGUCUAUGGAGAUUAUUACAAAUUUGAUAAUUCUAGUGGAAUAACAACAACUCCGUCCAAUCAUGUUGCAAUAACAAACCUGGCUGCUGAUAACGUUUUGAUAUUCACAGAGCAGCGGAAAUUCUCGGUGAAAUUCGGAUGGAAAGGUCGUGGUCAAAAUCAUUUCAUGCAACCGUAUUUCAUUACAGCAACAAGCAAAGAUUAUCUGGUUGUUUCUGAUACAGGUAAUCAUUGUGUUAAAAUAUUUGACAUUGCUGGAAAUUUUAAACGUGCAUUUGGGUCAAAAGGAAAUCAACUAAACCAACUGGAUACCCCACUAGGUGUCGCCACAGAUUCUGAAGACAACAUAAUUAUUGCUGACUCGGCUAAUUUUAGAGUUGAAAUCUUCUCAGUGAAAGGGCACUAUUACACUACUCUUGUCAAGGACACAAAUUUGAUUGGUCCAGAUGUUAAACCAAUCAACGUCGCUGUAACGCCCAAAAAUAACAUUGCUGUGUUACUGUGCGGAACUGGUUUUUGUGAGGUUAGAGUGUACAAUUGGAAACCUAACUCGUAUACUGGUUUUACAGUGUAGUGCUUUAUAUGAUAAAAAAUAUUGAAAAUAAUGCAGAGAUUGCUUCCAAAAUCAAAACCUGUGCCUUUCCUUUUAAUGUUGUUUUACUUCUAAUACAAAUAGGGGGAUGUAGUAUAUUUAUGUUAUACCAUCAUAUGAUAUAAUAUUGCUCAAAGAUUCCUUUUAUUUCAAUUUUAGAAUUUAGAUUUUUACUUUCUCAUCAUAACCCACUGACCUGGUUUUGGUAAAUUUCCUUUCCAGCUUGAAUUUUAACUACUUUUUUGUUAUCAAAAUUUAAAUUUUGUCAAUGUAUAUUUCACAAGUAUAAAUCUACUUUACAAAAGAUUCAUAUACUAUCUACAGAUGUCCAUUUGGGUGAAUACAGUCAAAUGUGUGUUAAAGACUACCUUUGAAAAAACAUCAUCCAUUAAAUAAAGGCCAUUUUUCAAUAACUUAAAUAGGACAUAGUAUCACUAAAAAAUAAAGACUACUUGUCUAUAAAGGCCAUGUUUCACUGUUUGGUCUUUCCUUUAGGUGGCCUUUGUUCACAGGUGUUACUGUAUAAAGCUGUAGUCGUUACUGUGCCUUUUGCUAAUAAUAAUCUUAACAAACCUAAAUUUGUGAAAUGAACUUUGUGUAAUGAUCUUGUCCCACUUUGAAUUUAGAAUUGUUCAUUCAUAGAUAAGAGGAUUUCAACAUUAAAAUUAAACAAUUUUGCAUAUGACAGAAGUUUUAUCAGACUACACAAAUGUGAUUGCUGACCUGGUGAUAUACCAGUAAUGUAGGCCGACCAUUUUUGUACUAAGUUCUUACAGCUUAUAAAGCAUGCAUUUUUUUAAGAAGGUAUUAUAUAUUAUAGUUAUUCUAUUCAUACUGCUGAAAUAAUGUAUUCAAGUUUCCUCUCAGUAUACAUGUAUACUCCCGUUUCAUUUACUGAAAUAAACCUCUAUUUGCAAUAUUUAUUUUACCAUUAUGCAUUCAAAAAUCUAUUUGUAAAGUUACCUUUGUAGAGUUCUCAAUAUUUAUUAGUUGGUUAAUGUUUGUACCAUAUAAAAUUAUUUAUGAAGUUAAAUAAAGUUAUUUCCUUUUAUUUUGAA